AUGGCCCCCAAGCUCGACCCCAAUGAAAUCAAGAUCAUCUACCUGCGGGCUACGGGUGGUGAAGUAGGUGCCUCCUCGGCACUUGCUCCCAAAAUUGGUCCCCUUGGUCUCUCACCGAAGAAGGUCGGUGAAGAUAUCGCCAAGGCUACCUCUGCGUGGAAGGGUCUCCGCGUAACGGUCCAACUCACCAUCCAAAACCGACAAGCCAAGGUCGACGUCGUUCCCUCCGCAUCUUCCCUCGUCAUCAAGGCUCUCAAGGAGCCCCCACGUGACCGCAAGAAGGAGAAGAACAUCAAGCACUCCGGCAACGUCACCUUCGACGAGAUCCUUGACAUUGCGCGCACUAUGCGGUCAAAAUCUCUUGCCAAGACCCUUGCGAACGGCGCGAAGGAGAUUCUCGGCACGGCGCAGAGCGUUGGGUGCACGGUCGACGGCCAGCCCCCUCACGACAUCAUUGAGGCGAUCGACAACGGGGAGAUCGAGGUCCCAGAUGAGUAG